AGUCAGUGAAAUCGUAAAUUGUGACAUGAAUGGAACUCGCCGGAGAGUAUAUAGCCCAGCCGAUUUCUGCCAGAGCAUCUUUACCUCCCCCCGCAAUCCUAUAGACAGCUGGUGGGAACAUAAAGCAAUAUCCUAGAGAAUAUUAUCCACCCGGGUUUAUCAGGACAUGCGGACUCUCGUGAUCCUCGUCAUCGUCUGCCUCAUCGUAGGUGACACUUUGGCGAAAAAAAAAAAAUGUAACAAGAAACCAAAAUAUGGAAGCAAAUGCCAGUAUGUGCAAAAAGUUAAAGGCAGUUGGAAAUUGAAAUCAUGUGCCCAAGAUGAGGUCUUCUCCGGUUCGAGCUGUGGUUGUCAAAUAGAUUGGGAAGCCAAAUACAAGGCUUUAGUAAAUAGUGGUAACGGAGGCAACGGCGGUAAUGGAGGAGAUGGUGGAGACGGGCAAGAUGGUGGAGACGGGCAAGAUGGUGGAGACGGGAAAGAUGGUGGUGGCGAUGAUGAAGGUUAUGGUGACGAUGGGGGUUAUGGCGAUGAUGGAGGUGAUGGUGAGGAUGAUGAUGGUGGAGAUGAUGAUGGUGGAGAUGAUGAUGAUGAUGAUGAUGAUGAUGAUGGAUAUUAUGGUGAUGAUGGAGAUGAUGAUGGAUCAAGCAAUGAAAGUGGAUCAGGCAGCGGAAGUUCAAGCAGCGGAAGUUCUAGUAGCGGAAGUUCUAGCAGCGGAAGUUCAAGCAGCGGAAGUGGUUCAGGCAGUGGAAGUGGAUCAGACAGCGGAAGUGGGUAUGGCAAGGGUAGUGGUGAAUCUGAUUAUGAUUCAGGAAGUGGAUCAGGCAGUUCAAACAGCGGAAGUUCAAGCAGCGGAAGUUCAAGCAGCGGAAGUGGAUCAGGAAGUGGCAGUGGAUCAGGAAGCGAUAGUGGAUCAGGAAGUGACAGUGGAUCAGGAAGCGAUAGUGGAUCAGGAAGUGACAGUGGAUCAGGAAGCGGAAGUGGAUCUGGAAGUGAUAGUGGAUCAGGAAGCGGAAGUGGAUCUGGAAGUGACAGUGGAUCAGGAAGUGACAGUGGAUCAGGAAGCGGAAGUGGAUCUGGAAGUGAUAGUGGAUCAGGAAGCGGAAGUGGAUCUGGAAGUGACAGUGGAUCAGGAAGUGGUAGUGGGUCAUCAUCAUCAGAUAGUGAUAGUUCAGAUAGCGAUUCAGAUAGUGGAUCAGGUAGUGGAUCAGAUAGCGGAUCAGGUAGUGGAUCAGAUAGCGGAUCAGGAAGUGGAUCUGGAAGUGACAGUGGGUCAGGAAGUAGCAGUGGGUCAUCAUCAUCAGAUAGCGAUAGUUCAGAUAGCGAUUCAGAUAGCGGAUCGGGUGGUGACAGUUUGUAUACAAGUGGUGAAGAUGAUGAAGAUCCUGGGUGGGGUGAUGAUAGUGACGGAUAUGGAAAAAGUUCUAAAAUAAUCAAAGCACUAACAAAUGGUAAAUACGGAAAUGGAAAUGGUAAUGGAAAUGGCGGUAAGGAUAAUGGAAACGGAAAUGGAUGUGGACCUAAUGGUAAAGGACCAGGAUGUGGAAAGGGAGGAAAUGGCAAUGGUGGAAAUGGUAAUGGUGGUAAUGGAAAUGGUGGUAAUGGCAAUGGUGGCAAUGGAAACGGCAAUGGAUGUGGACCUAAUGGUAAAGGACCAGGAUGUGGAAAUGGAAAUGGCGGUAAUGGAGGUAAUGGUAACAGUGGUAAUGGAAAUGGCGGUAAUGGUAAUGGCGGCAACGGAAACGGCAAUGGAUGUGGACCUAAUGGUAAAGGACCAGGAUGUGGAAAUGGAAAUGGCGGUAAUGGAGGUAAUGGAAAUGGCGGUAAUGGCAACGGCGGUAAGGGUAAUGGAAACGGAAAUGGAUGUGGACCUAAUGGUAAAGGACCAGGAUGUGGAAAUGGCGGUAAUGGAAAUGGAGGAAAUGGCAAUGGUGGUAAUGGAAAUGGUGGUAAUGGCAAUGGUGGCAACGGAAACGGCAAUGGAUGUGGACCUAAUGGUAAAGGACCAGGAUGUGGAAAUGGAAAUGGCAGUAAUGGAGGUAAUGGUAACGGUGGUAAUGGAAAUGGCGGUAAUGGUAAUGGUGGUAACGGAAACGGCAAUGGAUGUGGACCUAAUGGUAAAGGACCAGGAUGUGGAAAUGGAAAUGGCGGUAAUGGAGGUAAUGGAAAUGGCGGUAAUGGAAAUGGCGGUAAUGGUAAUGGCGGUAACGGAAACGGAAAUGGAUGUGGACCUGAUGGUAAAGGACCAGGAUGUGGAAAUGGUGGUAAUGGAGGUAAUGGAAAUGGCGGUAAUGGAGGUAAUGGAAAUGGCAGUAAUGGCGGAAAUGGAAAUGGCGGUAAUGGCAACGGUGGUAAUGGAAACAGCAAUGGAUGUGGACCUAAUGGUAAAGGACCAGGUUGUGCAAAUGGAGGUAACGGUAAUGGAAAUGGCGGUAAUGGAAAUGGCGGUAAUGGUAAUGGCGGCAACGGAAACGGCAAUGGAUGUGGACCUAAUGGUAAAGGACCAGGAUGUGGAAACGGAGGUAACGGUAAUGGAAAUGGCGGCAAUGGCAAUGGUGGAAAUGGUAAUGGUGGUAAUGGUAAUGGUGGUAAUGGUAAUGGUGGUAAUGGUAAUGGAAAUGGAUGUGGACCUGAUGGUAAAGGACCCGGGUGUGGAAAUGGAAAUGGUGGUAACGGAGGUAAUGGAAAUGGCGGUAAUGGCAACGGCGGUAAUGGCAAUGGCGGUAAUGGUAAUGGCGGUAGCGGAAACGGCAAUGGAUGUGGACCUAAUGGUAAAGGACCAGGAUGUGGAAACGGGGGUAAUGGUAAUGGAAAUGGUGGUAAUGGUAAUGGUGGAAACGGUAAUGGAAAUGGUGGUAAUGGUAAUGGAAAUGGAUGUGGACCUGAUGGUAAAGGACCCGGGUGUGGAAAUGGAAAUGGAGGUUAUGGCAAUGGUGGAAAUGGAAAUGGUGGUAACGGUAAUGGCAACGGUUGUGGACCCAACGGCAAGGGACCUGGAUGUGCACCUUCAGUAUCUGGAUCGUCACUGUCAUCUGGAUCAUACAAAUUUAAAACUGGAAAAGUGGAAUUACCAGUAUACUUUUUCAGGAAAGCUGCGUCUUCACAGUAUAGUUUCAAAAAGAGCUGCAAACCAAACGAGAUAAACUGCUAAAAACAAUCUAGUUAUUUGAUUUACGUUUAUUUUUGUUCUCUUAUAAUGUCGAAUAUCAUUGUUUCAUGGAGUUGAUGUAUAUAUUGAUUAAUGAAGUUGAUGUUUAUAUGAAGGGCUGCUGUUAAUUUAUGUUUUAAUAAAAUUAUAGAAUAAAGUU